AUGGCGUCAAACAUAAUAAUCCCCGUUUCCUCCGCUUCCUCUUCGAGUCCCGAGUUGGCGAGCUUCCUCUUAUCGGACGGCGUCGGGGCCGGUUUUGUCCGACAUCGAGAUAUCUGGUGGAAGAAUGACCAGUUCCUCGCCAUGGUUUGGGGGCUUAUCAAGGCGCCGCGAAAGGACGGGACGCUGCUGAAGCUGCUGUACAUCAGGCACACCGUCGUCGAGACAGAGCUGGUCGCCAAGUUUUGCAGCGAGCGGCUGGGCUGUCGGGCAACGGGCGGCGCGGUUCCGAGCGAGGACGUCCGAGUCACGGCCAUGACGUUCGCCCAAGCCCGUCGCCAUUUCACAAACAGUGGCCUGUUAUGUGAGAACAUGGUCAUCUUGGUCGACGGGGCCUGGCUGGAGACCGUGGACACGGAGAUUGGAAUGGGCCUGAUGAACCAGAGCAUCAACCCCGCCUCCUCUGUCAAGAUCAUCGGGCUAUACAGUGAGGACUGGGACGACCAGGCGGCCGAGAAAGCAGUGCCGCUCCUGUCGCCGCUGUUCAAGCAAGCAGGGGUGCGGAAGCUACCGGUGACGUUCGCCGGGCCCAGCAUGACGGAGGCUGACCCGGAACCCAUCGGCGUUAACCAGUUGGGCUUGUUGAACCGCAUGGUGGAUUGCGCAAGCCAGGGAAAACACAUUCUGUUUUUCAUGCCUUCGAGUAUGGUCCCUCCGCUGGCGUCCCAGGUCGACGCAAUGCUGCAGGCGAGAAGAGGAGACGUUGGGUUGCGUUUUAUAACGCUGAGAAGUAACAGCUCGAUGACGAAGGGUAUCGACGGUGAAUUUACACUGGGCGCGGUACUCGAGAGCCAUGGGUAUAUAUUCUCGCAGCCGGACAGAGGUCUCAACACUGUCCUGUCGUUCAUCAUAGUGGUGGACCCCGAGGCAGGGUUCACGACGGUGCCAGUGAAACAGGUGGGCCUGGUUGUAUACUCGCACGUCUCGGCACACAACGACCACACGCAAUUCAAUACAAAGGCCAAGGUCGCUGUGUAUACAGAGGCGUUCAGGAAGUUGAGUCUCAGCGGGGUGAAUGCCCAACGCCAGUCGUGCCGCGGCAUCGAUGGCGCUCCUCGCAUCUGGAUGGCCUCGAACUAUGUUUAUCCAAGCACCGCCCACCCGGCGGAUCACAGCAAGGCCUUUGCUCUUGAGCUCAUCCGCGGUUGGCCCGGAAAGUCUAUGGGCGAGAUCCCGUUGAACCUGGAGCGGAGGGACGUGCGAUCCCUGGACCGGACCAUGGGUCAUUUGGCCGUGACGGGCAUCAUUGAGCCCUACCAAAACGGAUAUGCAUUGUCAAAGGCCAAGGGCGCUGAGAUGCUUGCGCUGCUGCCGGCUGUCAGCAAAUAUGACCUCUCCUUUGAGCUCGUCGGCCUGCUGGCCAGUGUCAAACACUGCGUGCCGGACCAGAGGGCGAUGCGCCUGCUCAUCAGGCUGGCAGUAUUUACCAAGUGGGAAGCCUCGUUCCUGUCUGGCUUGACUCCAGCGGCGGACGGGGAUGGCAGGAUCCCUUGGGGCUGGAUGCAGCACGCUGGAAGCCACAUGGCCGGCCCGGCCCGGAGCCAGAUGGCAACUGGGCGGCCCUGGUUUGCACUCGGCAUCUGGGACAAGAUGAGGAAGGACACGGAGAACUUUUCUAUUCCUGGGCUAGAUCUCGGGCCCGGGGAAAAUGGGCAGCACAGCCUCGAUUUUGCAAUCGAGGGUCUCGGGACCUUUGACCGCGAUGAUGCGAUCGAGAUCUACCGUGCUAUUGCGGAUCUCGAGCUGCGACUCGGGCUCCCUCUGCUGGAAGCCUCCGAUCCGGAAUGGGAACAGCCCCUGGGGAUUUCUGAGAUGCAUGAUGUCCAGGCUCAGCUCAUAUCCGCGUUUAUUUCCGGCCUCGCUGUGUGGGACCUGGAGACCGACAGGAUCUCGCUCUUGGGCAGCGGCCACCAGGUGCACCUGGCCCAAGACAGCCUGAUAGUUCAUCCACGCAUCGCAAAGAUCGAGAGCAGACCGGAAAAGGCCUAUUUGGUCGUUGCGCAUCGUGUCAAAGAGGCCGCGAAUGGGAGACUGCUGGUUGAGUCGGCCUCGUGUAUGGGUAUUAGCCUGUUGAGGGUCACCAGCUUGGUUCUCGGAGAGCCAGCUUCGGACUGGUUGAAAUGGCUAUGA